AUGCCCAUCUGCCACCUGAACGAGCUCCUCGAGUGGACUGAACCACAGGCGCCGGAGGGCGUCGACGGUUCGGUGGCCGACGACGAGAAGCACUGCUAUCUCAUUCCCAAACGAAUCAAGCGUACUGUGGACGUCGCAGAGACCACCGAUCCGCUGACGCUGGUCUGCCACGACAUGAAGGGCGGCUACAUUGAUGACCACAUCAACAACGGUCACAACAACGCCCUUGCCUACCGCUUCACCCACUGGUCACUGGUGGACAUCUUCAUCUACUUCAGCCACCACAUGGUCACCAUUCCCCCGAUCGCCUGGACCACCGUCGCCCACCGCAACGGCGUCCGCUGCUUCGGCACCUUCAUCAUCGAGGAGCCGCCGGAGACGGAGGUAGAUGAGGGCCGCUUCCUGCGCGAGUACUACAUGGGCAUGGUCAACAAGACGCUCGCCGAUGUGGAGACCGUGGAGAAGGUCACCUCCAUUCUCGCCCGCAUCGCCGCCUUCUACCGCUUUGACGGCUGGCUGGUGAACAUCGAGGCGCCGAUGGCCAAGGAGAAGAUUCCCUUGAUGGAGCUCUUUCUGCGGUCGCUUCGCGCGAAGACCAAGGCGAUUCUGGGCUUGCCGGAACGGGACAUUGCCGUCAUUUGGUACGACGCCGUCACCUCAGACGACGGCUCUCUGGCCUGGCAAAAUGAGCUCAACUUUCGCAACCAGGAGUUCUUCGCCGCGUCGGACGCCAUCUUCCUCAACUACUGCUGGACGGAGGAGCACCUGGACCGGUGCUGGGCGCAUCUGCACGGCCGCUACGGCCACCGCGCCGGCCGCCGCCUGCACAACCGCGUCUUUGUCGGCAUCGACGUCUUUGGCCGUGGCUGCUUCGGUGGCGGCGGCUUCUUCAGCAACAUUGCCCUGCGCGAAGCACGCCAGCGUGCUUUCAGCGCCGCCAUCUUCGCCCCCGGCUGGACCUGGGAAAUUCUGGGGCCGGACAACUUCACCGCCAAUGACAACCGCCUCUGGGACCGCCUUUCCCGCUACAUUCGCGAGCGCCUCUUUGACCGCCUGCCGAUUUGCACCUCUUUCUGCGAGGGCGUCGGCGGCAGCGGCCGCUACGACCGCGGCCAGCGGAUCGACUCGAAGCCCUGGUGCGACCUGCGCCAGCAAUCGAAGCGGCCCGUCUUCAUCUCCGCCGAGCAGGCCUGUAUGGUCCAUCACGACGCCUGGCAGGGCGGCGGCUCGCUCCGCAUCAACACCAGCUCCACGCUCCGCUGGCGCAGCUUCACCGUCUUCAAGCUGGCCGUCCCAGUAGACCUCCGCCACCGCUACCACUACCAGCUGAUCUACAAGAACUCCCACCCCGGCGAGGUGAUGGUCACCACGGGGCUGAGCAUCGAGGAGGAGGUGGCCGGCAGCGGGCCGGAGAGCGGCUCCUGGAUCUACAUUCUCGACCUCGACCCGGCGGACCUCGAGGUGCCCGCCGUCUACUCCUCGCUCAUUCGCUCCGUCACCUACCACCAGCGAGCGCUCGACAAUGGCUGGCUCGCCGAUGACUUCCUCAUUGAGCUGAAUGAGGACAAAGUGGAUACCAGUGGAAAGCCUCUUCCUCCGCCAAAGAACGAUGAAGCCUCAAGAACUUCGAAAAAGGUGCUCGAGAAUGUGCUGAUCACUAAUGUGCGCAUCUCGUUGCGGCGCACCGAUCGCGCCACGAUGAGCUCCGCUGAGCUGCUGAAGGCGCCCGGCUUUGAGGUGCUCCUGGGCGCCAUUACCCUCGAGUGA